AUGCCGUCCAUCCUCAGUGACGAGGACAAAGACACUGUCAAGCGUUUCGUCCCCAAGCAGUCCAACAAAAUCCAGGCCGUGGCCGUCGCGAGGCUCUACGUUGCCUACCCCAACCGAUCGAAAUGGACCUACACGGGCGUCCAGGGAGCUAUCGUCAUCGCAAACGAUCUGGUGGGCAACACAUUCUGGCUCAAAAUGGUGGACAUAUCGCCCUCGGGACGAGGAGUCAUUUGGGACCAGGAAAUCUUCGAUACCUGGAACUACAACCAGGACCGGACCUUCUUCCACACCUUUGAGUUGGAGGACUGCCUGGCGGGCCUCAGCUUUGUCGACGAAAAGGAGGCAAAACAGUUCAAGAAGAAAAUGGAUGAACGCGAGAAGAACGCCAGCCGCGCGACGAGAUCGACUCCCUUUGGCGCUCAAGCUACCCAGCCCAACCACUCUGCGCAUCCUGGCCAUCACUCUUCAAUGUUGGCCCCGAGCACCAAUGGCAGUGACCACCCCUCGGAAUUUGCCCUGCUUGACGCCUUUGACCCUCUGUGGCGGGAGCACUUUGGUCAGGAUUUGAGUGACAAAGGGUUGACGGACGACUUCAUCAAGGAAAACCAGGAAUUCAUUGUUGACUUUCUGAGGGACGAACAAGCCAAGGUAGCGAGCCAGGUGGCACCGCGCCCCCCGACCCUAUCCGGACCUCCAGCACUGCCUCCUCCGCCCCCGACAAACGGCCACGAUUCGAGGAGCGCCUGCCAAGACGCCGAUCGAGCCCGAGAGCCAGAGCCACAAAUUCGGGGUUCCCUCACCCUUCGCAAGCCAGCGCAUGCCGCCUCCUACGCCCAGCCGUGGCCCUGUGCCGCCGCCGCCUCCCUCGAGAAGCAACGACAGCCAGUCUGGGCAUGCGCCGACCCCUCCGCCACUGCCGCCGAAAGUGCCGACCGGAAAUGCCCCUCCUCCGCUGCCGCCAUCAAGUUCACGGCCGGUUCCUCCUCCGCCGAACGGCGACGGGCCUCCCCUUCCGCCUCCUCCUCCUCUGCCAUCGUCUAA